AAAAUGCUGUCACAUAACUGACGAGGGAGCAGGGCAGACCGGAAAGAUUUGAGCCAUGGGGGAUCCAGACACUGGUUCAAGUGGAAACGGAUUAAAAAGACAACUUGAAAGCCUGUGGGAUCAGAAGAAGCCUUUAUUUCACUCCUGGUUCAAGGUCCUGCUUCUGCUUAGUCUGUUGCUCUAUCCUUUGUGUUACAUGUUGUCAGACAGAUCUGUGUUGUUGUGGGAGAGAUUUCAGCUGCACAGGCACUACACACAACUCUUCAACCGGACCUAUCAAGUUAGACUACCUCCUUAUCAAGUCCAUCCAAAACACAGACUUAUAGAGGGUGAAAUUCACAAAACCACACCUGGAGGGAUUCAGUACCACUACGUCUACCCACACAACUACCAGUUUAUUAUAGAUAACACAGAGGUUUGUAAAAACACACCAUUUCUGGUCCUGAUGGUUCCAGUGAAACCAGAUAAUGUUAAAGCUCGGGAUGCAAUCCGACGGACGUGGGCCAAAGACAGUGUGGUUCAAGGAGAACAGGUGGUAACACUGUUCAUGUUAGGAAUUUCUGGCGGAAUUGAUGCUGAGACGCUCAAAAAGGAGAAUUUGCACCACCAGGACCUGAUCCAGAGCAACUUCAUUGAUUCGUAUUUUAAUUUGACAAUCAAAACCAUGGUGAUCAUGGACUGGGUUGCCACACACUGCCAGACAGCGGCAUACGCUAUGAAAGUUGACUCUGACAUGUUCCUGAACAUUGACAAUCUGGUGAUCAUGUUACAGAAGCCAGGUCUUCCCAAGGUGAACUACCUGACAGGAAUGCUUAUGUGGAACAGGCCAGUCGUCCGUUCAAAUAACUCUAAGUGGUAUGUUCCAGAGGAGAUAUUGUCUGAUCCUGAGUAUCCGACAUACACUCUAGGCAUGGGAUAUAUCUUUUCCAGUGAUCUUCCAGAAAAAAUUGUGGAGGCCUCAAAAUUUACCAAACCCUUUAAUAUAGAAGAUGCUUAUAUUGGCAUGUGCAUGAAAAUGCUGGGACUCGCACCGACUUCACCACCAGAUCCCUCCCAGUUCAAGGCUUAUAACACAAGAUAUGAUCGCUGUGAAUUCUCUAAGAUCAUUACCUACAUUCUUGACUCUCCUCAACGAUUGGUGAACUAUUGGAAAGACUUUAAAAAACCUGGGCCAUACUGUGAAAAGGUUUAACUUAAUUCUAUAUAUUCUGCUGUUCUGAAAUUCUUUAUUUCAGAUGGGA